AUGUCAGGAGAUGUUUCGGCCCUGGCAGCACUAGAGAAGUCCCCCUUCCCCAACCCUGUUGGAACUACUGGUGCUUCAGACUGCUACAGCGCUGUGGUCCUUGGGGGAACUUUUGAUCGUCUUCAUGAUGGCCAUCGCCACCUCCUUAAGGUAUCAUGCUGUAAUUUUCCUCCUUUUUCCGUGAUGAAUAAAGGGCUUUAAUAUUGUUUAAGAGUUCUGUAGAUUUCUUCCCAUCCCCUUAAAAGUUGACAUUGGGAACAAAUUCGCAUAGCUGAUAAUACGAUGCAAAGUGGCGCGUUUGCAUGGUUAAAGCCAUGAGCUGAGCUUCAGAAUAUGAUUCCUGGAUCGGAUCUCUCUUCUUACAUCCUUUACUUGCUUCUUGAAAGGCUUCAGCGGACUUGGCUAGAGAAAGGAUCGUCGUAGGUGUCUGUGCUGGAGCCAUGCUAGCAAAGAAGGAGGUUUGUGUUGCUAUGUUGUCCUUUCUGCUCUUUUAUUUCUUUAAAUUCUGCUGCUGAUAAUACUCUGUGAAGUGAUUGAUAAGGUUAGGGUCACAUAUCUGUUUCAGUUAAGUGACAUGAUCGAACCCAUAGAGGUGAGAAUGAAGGCUGUAGAGGAUUAUAUCAAGGUAAGCAUCGUAACAUAUCCAUUUAGGUUCGGUUAUAUGUUCCCGUGUUCUCUUGAUAAUACUAUCUUUCGAGUUUAGGGAAUCUGCUAUUGGUUAUUCUUUACAUAACAUUAUAACAAUGUGAAAUCUCUCCAGCCAUAUUUUGUUAAUGUAUGAAUCGAUGUUUAAGGAUGUUUGUUUCUUAGUUGUAACCAUGCACUCUAUUGUGAGAGUUCUUUGCAGUCCAUAAAACCUGGCCUGACGGUGCAAGUGGAACCAAUCAUCGAUCCUUAUGGGCCGUCCAUCGUUGAUGAUAAAUUGGAUGCUAUCAUCGUCAGGUACACUUAACCACGCCUAAUAUGUAAUGAAAAGUAAUUUAUUUUUCUUUUCUAAGUAUCAAUGGAUCCUUGUCUCCCUUGCUAGUCAGGCUCAAUCCUACUCUCAUACGUCACAGAUCCAAUUAAUCUUCACCUGUUGUGGUCAGUGAGGAAAUAAACAUCUCUGGUUAGUUUCAGUAUAGAUAGGAAUAAGCUGGAAUAGGGUCCUGCCUGUACUUGUGGCCUCACGUUGAUGCCUGCAUCCUUGUUUACCUGCCUUUGUUUAGCGCGCCGAACCUCACCUGGGACAGCAUGAUCAGGCAUCUAUGAUAUACAUUGGGUUUUAGGGUCUUAUAAUCCCUAUGAGAAAUGCGCGAGUAGUGUUUUACCCGUGCAUUAGAUGGUUUCCUGAGAAAUGAGAAACAGAAACUCAAACAGAUUGCUUCAGUUUGCAUGAAUCCAACACCCCAACCGUGUCGAAGUAUCAGCAUCUCUGUGUAUGCUAUGGUUGAAGUAUUCCCCUAUCUCUUCUGUGCCAGCAUGUCAACCCAAUAACCGAGCCAGAUUCUUUCUGUAUUUGGGGUCGAUCUCCAGGGAAACUUGAGAGAAAGAGGUGAAUAGGUGGGCAGGAUACUUCUUCAAUGUACACCUCCGCUUCCACAGAUCAGCUGUUCUGAGCUGUAUCUACCUCAGAAACCGUGUUUUUACUCGCUGCACCCACACUCUCUUCACUUAUUCUGUGUUUAAAAGAGAGCUUCCAUCGCCGUCACAGAUGGGAUCUGUUCCAUAUUCGGAGAAAUAUGUGGGGACAUAAUAUGUAAAGGACUUGGCCAUCUCUUCUGCCCUCAUCUCGAACCCUUUUUUGUUGAUCUCUUGUGGGCAUCCAGUAAAGAAACUUUGACUGGCGGGCUCUCAGUGAACAAGAGACGAUCUGAGAAAGGUCUCCAGCAGCUGCAGGUAUGCUUUUGAAAGGACGUAUGUUUUUUUCUUUUGCUUGCUGAUCUGAGGGAGGAUGAGCUGGACUGGCUGGUGCGCAUGUGGCUGCAGGUCGAAGUAGUUGAUCUUCUGCCCAGCGAACUCAAUGGCGAGAAGCUAAGUUCCUCCAUGUUGAGGCGACUCGCGGCGGAGAAAAUCAAGCGGGAGCAAGCAGGCUGUGAGAAAACUAUCCCAAGUCAAACAAGUAAAGACCCAUAA